UAAAAAAAGAAAUGCUACAAUCCGGACUUUGGAGCCCCAUCGAAGGUCCGCGACGAAGGAAACCCUAGCAGUGGCAAGUCCCAAGACCCCGCAGAAUUUGAAGUUAUCACCGAAGUUUUGCGCCAAAAUCUCUGGAAUCGCUGAUUAAUUUGUAGAGACGGGGAAGUCGGAGCAUCAUACACAGUUGAGGAACAAUCUCACAAAGUUUACGAGAACGUCGGCGAGACAAUUACCCGAAGCAGGUUGAACGAAAAUAGAAGACAAUGCGUCAAUAGAUAAGAUGACGACUCUGGCAGGCCAACCAGCGCACCAUCAACCAACUACGGUCGAGGAAGUUCGUACACUUUGGAUAGGGGAUUUGCAGUACUGGGUCGAUGAAUCUUAUCUCAGUUCUUGCUUCGCUCACACUGGCGAGGUAGUAUCAAUUAAAAUUAUUCGCAAUAAGAUCACUGGCCAGCCUGAGGGCUAUGGGUUUGUGGAGUUUGUAUCUCAUGCAGCAGCAGAGAGAAUUUUGCAGACUUACAAUGGGACUCAGAUGCCUGGAACUGAGCAAACUUUCAGGUUGAAUUGGGCCUCUUUUGGAAUUGGAGAAAGGCGUCCUGAUGCUGGCCCUGAACACUCAAUUUUUGUUGGGGAUUUGGCUCCUGAUGUUACAGAUUAUCUGUUGCAAGAGACCUUUAGAGCUCAAUAUCCAUCUGUCAGGGGCGCUAAAGUUGUGACUGAUCCAAACACAGGGCGUUCAAAGGGAUAUGGGUUUGUUAAAUUUGCUGAUGAAAAUGAAAGGAAUCGGGCUAUGACAGAAAUGAAUGGUGUCUAUUGCUCAACUAGACCUAUGCGUAUUAGUGCAGCAACACCCAAAAAGACCAUUGGUGUUCAGCAGCAAUAUAAUACUUUAGGUAAAGCAAUGUACCCAGUUCCAGCCUAUACUACACCAGUUCCCACGCUUCCGGCAGAUUACGAUUCGAAUAACACAACUAUCUUUGUUGGUAACUUGGAUCCUAAUAUUACAGAGGAGGAGUUGAAGCAAACUUUUCUGCAGUUUGGGGAGAUUGUUUAUGUGAAAAUUCCUGCAGGGAAAGGCUGUGGUUUUGUUCAGUUUGGGACGAGGACAUCGGCUGAAGAAGCUAUUCAAAAGAUGCAAGGAAAGAUCAUCGGUCAACAAGUGGUUCGUACUUCUUGGGGUAGAAAUCCAGCUGCCAAGCAGGAAUUGACUACUUGGGGUCAGCAAGUUGAUCCGAACCAGUGGAGUGCUUACUAUGGCUAUGGAGGAGGUUAUGAUGCUUAUGGAUAUGGAGUCGUACAAGAUCCAUCUUUAUAUGCUUAUGGUGCAUAUUCGGGUUAUGCCUCGUAUCCUCAACAGGUUGAUGGUGUACAAGAUUUAGCAGCUGUAGCUGGUGCUGUCCCUGCAGUGGAACAUGGGGAGGAAUGGAAUGAAACCCUGGAUACACCAGAUGUUGAGUAUUUAAACGAUGCAUACCUCUCAAAACACGAAAGCGCCAUUUUAGGCUGGCCCUUAUGGUUAACCACCUCAUCACUGGUUAGGCAAACAUGAGCUUGAUGUCCCAUCGCAUCCUGGUUGUUGUCCAAAGUUAUAGGUUGUUAUUACACGACAACGGAGCAGGAGGAAAAUUAUGGUAAUGUGGUGCUACUUAUAUGCUAGACCAUGCUCGGGGUUGAUAAUAUUGGCAUCAUACUGUUGUCAUGUAGCGUUGUUCAUCGCAGCACACGUUCAAUCUGACAUAUUAUUCAUUUUCCUCUAUAGGAAUGGGGUUGCCGGGAUUAGGUGCUUUGAUGCUCUACAUGUAUUGUGAUGCUCUAUGUUAUUUGGAAAGGCGUUUUGGUAUCAGGAGUUUCAUAUUCAUAUUGUAAACUUCAGUCUGUCUCUCAUUUGCUGCACGUACUGCAAGUUUGUCUGUUUGUUUUUAACAGGCAGUUGAGCUGAUAAGCUGUUUGUCAGUUGAGAUUUUGCAAAAAUGAAAUGGAGAUGAAAUUGAAUGAGAGUUUUUUAUUGAUUA